AUGAUAAAAAAGCUAUGCAAUGUGAAGGAGAAACUGAGAGUUUGGAUGGCAAAAUCGCAUUACUUUAUAGCAGAUGUGUACAAAGACCAAAUGGGGACUUCACAUAGAUCGCGAUGGGAUAAAAUUGUGUGGAAUAGAGCUGCCAACCCUAGAAGCCGCUUCGUGGCAUGGCUGACAUACCUAGAGAGACUCAAAACAAAACACAAAUUGAUGAAUAUGGGCGUGAUAGUCAACGAGAUAUGCCCCAUUUGUGGCACCCAGGCCGAAACUGUUGAGUAUUUAGAGCAUAACCCCAUCCCUCACAAUCCCGAUUUCCCUCGCAAUUUAGAAACCCACGAACCUAUUCCCUUACAAACCCGAUUCCCCACAAACCCUAUUCCCGCACACCGUACCGCAGGGAUUGCCGCCUGCACACCGGAGCGUCUGCCGCCUGCACGCCAGAGUUUCAGCCGCCUUUUGCACACCGGUGCUGCCGUUAUGCUGCAGCGUUCCUUCAGCCGCCUCUCAAAUAACCCACGACAGGAAAUGAUUUUGAAUAAGGCAUGGGUCAAAAUAAAAGAUCGUUCAUCUAUUGAUUAUGUAAAUGGUGUUGAUGAGUUUCUAAAUUUUUCUCUUUCCAAAGUAAGAGAAGAUGAUCGAGAUAGUACUACUAUUAGGUGUCCUUGUAAUAGUUGUCGCAAUAUAUUUCUUAAAACAAAAUGUGAUGUAAGACUAGACUUGCUUAAAAGAGGAAUGUAUGAGAAGUACACUUUUUGGGAACUUCACGGGGAAGAAUUAGUUGAAUCAAGUGAUGGGGAUGAUGUUAAUGAGUCGAAUGACACUGAUAGUGGUUUCACAAUGUUGCAAGAUGCAUGUGGAGUUGGUGCUAUGAAUGUUGGUAGUGCUGAAGAGGCUUUAAAUAAUAUUGAGGAGUAUGAGAAACGUAAUGCAAAUGCAAAAAAGUUUUUCAAACUUUUAGAGGAGUACCAAGAACCAUUAACAAUGCAUGGCACAACAAUGUCUAAGUUGUCAUAUAUUGUUAAAUUAUUACAUUUAAAGGUUUUGAAUAAUUGGUGUGAUAACUCUUUUGAUAGUUUACUCCAAUUAGAACGUCAAGGUUAUGGAGCUUACCUUCCAACUUCUUAUUACGAGGCUAAGAAAUUCAUUAAAGACUUGGGCCUUGAUUAUUAUAAGAUUGAUGCUCGUGAAAAUGAUUGUAUUCUUUAUUGGAAAGAGCAUGAAAAAUUGAUUGAGUGUCCCACUUGUGGUUUAUCAAGGUGGAAACAAGAAAAGGAAGGCUCUUCUAAGGGGGUAAAGAUUUCUAGAAAAGUGCUAAGAUAUUUUCCAUUGAAGCCUAGGCUACAAUGGAUCAUAGAUGAUGAUGCCCUUUCUAGGGAAGAGGAGGAUGAUACGUUUUUGGAGGAUGACAAUGCGAGUGCGGUGGAUGAUACAAUGAGACAUCCAUCUGACUCCUUUACAUGGAAAUCAUUUGAUGAAGAGUAUAGUGAAUUUGCUAAAGAGGUGCGAAAUGUUAGACUUGGACUAGCUUGUGAUGGCUUUCAGCCAUUCAAUAAUUCACAACAUAGCAUAUGGCUAGUGGUUCUUAUCCCUUAUAAUUUUGCUCCUUGGUUAUGCAUGAAACCUUAUUCAUUUAUGCUAUCUUUACUAGUACCAGGUCCAACAAGUCCUGGAAUUAAUAUGGACGUCUACCUUCAACCACUUAUUGAGGAGUUAAAGGAGCUUUGGGAGGUUGGUGUUGAAACCUAUGAUGCUUACUCUAAAACAAAUUUUAUCUUGCGUGCAUCACUACUGUGGACUAUCAAUGACUUUCCUGCAUAUGCAGAUUUUUCCGGAUGGUCUACCAAAGGUUGUUACGCUUGUCCAUGUUGUCAUAAGGAAACUAAACGGACUUCGUUGAUGCAUAAGGGUGGUUAUUUAGGGCAUCGUCGUUGGCUUCCAAUGAAUCAUAAGUGGAGAAAUGAUGCCAAUUCUUUUGACGGUAAAAUUGAAAAAGGUGUUGCACCAAUUCCAUUGAGUAGGGAUGAUGUAUUACAACAUUAUAGCCGAUUCUCACAAGCAAAAUAUGGGAAGAUUGUAGGGAACAAAAGAAAAAGGGAUGCUUCUAAUAGCUUGUUUGGGUGGAAAAAGAAAAGCAUUUUCUUUACCUUGCCUUAUUGGAGGAAAUUAAAAAUUCGUCAUAACUUGGAUGUUAUGCAUAUUGAGAAAAAUGUUUCUGAUAAUAUCUUGGGUACUUUAAUGAGCAUACAAGGCAAAAACAAAGAUACUUUGAAGGCUCGAUUGGAUUUGGUGAAGAUGAAAAUCAGAUAUAAGUUUCAUCCUAAAGUGGUUGAUGGUAAGUUGCUUCCCGUUGCACUUUGUGGGUUUUUACCUAAAGAGGUUUAUGACCCUUUGGUUGAACUAAGUUUUUUCUUUCGAGACCUUUGCUCUAAAAACAUAAAUGUUGGUCAAUUGGAAGAACUUGAAAAAAAAAUUCCUUACACCUUAUGCAAGCUAGAAAUGAUAUUUCCACCGGCUUUUUUUGAUGUUAUGGUGCAUUUAGUUGUACAUUUGGCAACUGAGGCAAAAAUUGCUGGACCAGUUCGAUAUCGGUGGAUGUAUCCUAUUGAGAGGUACAUGAGUGACAUUGACACUAAAUUCAAUCGCAAAGCAAGAAAUGACGAUGAAGAUAUAGAAGAGGAUACCUUAAAAUCAAACCUUGAGAAACAUAAGUUGGAAGUGGAGAAGGAAUGUCCAGGAAAUGUAGAACGGAGGCACAAAGAACAAUUUUCCAAAUGGAUACAAAAUCAAGUACGAAAAAUUCAUAAACUUGGACGCUGUGAUAAAGACUUGUAUAACUUAGUUUGUGGUCCUUCUAGAGUUCUAGGGCAUUACACAGUAUACAUUGUAAAUGGUUUCCGUUUCCACACCAGUGAUAGGUCAAAAAAUAGGGAAACACAAAAUUCAGGUGUCAUGGUGCGUGGUGAUGAUGCUUCAGAUAAGGAAUACUAUAGCAUUUUGAGAGACAUAUAUCAAGUGCGUUAUCCUGGAGAAAAUCAUGUAUUUAUGUUCAAAUGCAGUUGGUUUGAUGUAGAAAACCUUGGUGGAGGGUAUAAGGUAGAUGAGCAUGGUUUGAUUAGUAUGUAUAAGAAUAGACUUUUGAGGUUGGAUGAUAUGUUUGUGCUAGAAUCCCAAGUGGAGCAAGUAUUUAUAGAAGAUGAAAACAAUGAGAAUUGGAAAUUUUUUAUAAAAGCACAACCAAGGGAUUUGUAUAAUAUGAGUGCUAGUGAUCUAGAUAAGGAGGAUAUAGAUGUAGAUGCCUUUCAACAAGUAGAGGUGGAAGCUAAUAUUGAAACUGAAUGUACUAAUGGCGUACAUGCUGACAAUUUCAGAGUUAGUUCAUUGUUGGCUACAAAUAUGUUUAUGGAUUAUAAAGGAGAACAAGUAGUGCAAAUGGUUACACAAAUAUUGGAAGAUGACAAUUUCAUUAAUGAUGGUGAAAUUGAAGUCUUUGAGGAAUCGAGUGAAGUUGAAGAACAAAUUUGA